AUGCCUGUCACCACGGCAAAUGACGCCGCUCAAGGGUGGUUUGAUCGGGGUUUGAUCUGGACCUAUGGCUUCAACCACGAAGAAGCCAUUGAGUGUUUCAGGCGCGCCAUUGCGGAAGACGCCUAUUGCGCGCUGGCAUACUGGGGUCUGGCGUAUGCUUCUGGCCCAAACUAUAACAAGCCCUGGGAGUUCUUCGAUGAGACUGACUUCCUCGCGACUGUGAGAAAAGCGGAUGAUGCGACCGUCGAGGCGCGAGCUCGUAAAGAUUUCGCUUCGCCUGUUGAGCAAGCUCUGAUCGAGGCACUGCAAUCGCGUUAUCCGUCUGACUUGUCCCGAAGAUACACUCAGGAUGACUUCAGAUCAUGGAACCAGUCAUUUGCGAAUGCGAUGAGAGAGGUAUAUGUGGGGUUCCCUGACGAUCUGGAUGUUGCAACAUUGUUUGCCGAUGCUCUGAUGAAUGUCACACCAUGGUGUUUGUGGGAUCUGAAGACAGGCAAGCCCGCACUUGAUGCUCAUACACUCGAAGCCAAGGCUGUAUUGGACCGUGCCUUGACUAACCCAGGGUCUGAUCGGCACCCAGGACUCCUGCACAUGUACAUUCAUCUGAUGGAGAUGUCAAGCACCCCUGAAGUAGCACUUCCGAAAGCCAACCUUCUACGAGGUCUCGUUCCUGAUGCCGGUCAUCUCCACCAUAUGCCUACUCACUUGGACAUACUAUGCGGCGACUACGAGUCUGCUGCUAAAUGGAACCUCGAAGCUAUCAAGGCAGAUCAAAAGUUUCUGAGUCGAGCCGGGCCCGUCAACUUUUACACACUUUAUCGGUCGCAUGACUAUCAUUUCCGGAUCUAUGCGGCAAUGUUUGCUGGUCAAUCAAAGGUCGCUUUGGAGAGUGUUGAAGGUCUUGAAGCAUCGUUGCCCGAGGAACUUUUGCGCGUGGAAUCUCCUGCAAUGGCUGAUUGGCUUGAAGGAUUCUUGUCUGUGCGUGUUCACGUCUUGGUUCGAUUUGGCAUGUGGGAACAGAUACUGGCUUUGGAGCUUCCAACCGACAAGCAAUUAUUCUGUGUCACCAGAGCCUUCAUACUGUAUGGCAGAGGCAUUGCUUUUGCCGCCACUGGUCAAGUGUCAGAGUCACGCAUGCUGUUCAACAACCGCUGCAUCGACAUCCUCCAAGUAGCCAAGACGAUGCUGUACGGAGAAGUUGCAUAUCCAGUUGAACUGGACGAUGGUCUGCCAUAUGAUGAGCCUUGGGGUUGGAUGCAACCUACUAGACAUGCGCUAGGUGCUCUACUGCUAGAGCAAAGCAGAACAGAGCAAGCUGAGAAGUUGUUCAAGGCUGAUCUCGGCUUUGACGACACGCUCCCUCGUGCCUUACAGCACCCAAACAACGUCUGGUCUUUGCAUGGUUAUCAUGAGUGUCUUGUCAAACUGGGCAAGAUGGAUGAAGCAGAGACGAUCGAAGUUCAACUCGCGAAGGCAGUAGCAAGGGCAGAUGUGCCAAUAAGAUCCUCCUGCUUCUGUCGCAAUGGAAGGUAA